AUGGAGCACCUGCUGAACGAUAUUCUACAGAACCCCAGAGGGCCCUCCGUAGGAUAUAUAGAAGAGCGCCUGGAUGGUGUUGACGGGCAGCGCGAGUUUAUAGAGCUCUUGAGGAGUGGAAACGGAAUCGCAUUCACCUAUAUGAAAACAAGGUGCAAGGAAUGGAUUGAGAAUCCGAAGCGGGUCGAUAUGAUACACAAUUCCCAUGACGUCUUAUUCUCGCUGAUCUUCAGGUCCUCAGAGCAAAACUUCGGGAUCCUCUGCUUCUUCUUUGAGACCCUUUAUCUCUAUGGUGCAGCCUGGGAUGGGCUAGUCCGGGACUUGUGUGCAAGUUCAAAUGAGAGGAGCCUAAGAGUCCUGAACCACAUGUUCAACAAGUAUAGGGUCUGCCCAAGGAGUGAUGCCUUGUAUGGGGAAAUAAUCGGCAACAUAGAGCUGUGCCAGGAUAUAUUCAAGAAGGCAUACUUUGAGUCUCUUUCUGAGGACGAAAAUAUCCUUGGAAUGUUUCACUCUUUGGUGUUUCAGGAUAUCCAUCCCUUUUUCGAGAACAACGCAGAUAAGUUCAUAGGGUCUUUUUGUAAGCUUUUGCGUAAGAACGUGCUUCAGAAGGAUGUGUGUGAGAUUUUCAACCUCUUUGUGACGAAGUAUCCUGAGUGUGUCGAUAUGACCAGAAUCCUAGGCGUUGUUCUAACGACGAUAACAGAGUUUGAUUAUUUGAAAUACAGUGUUCUGCUCAACAUUGUGAAAAGGAAGAGCUAUCCUGUUCUCUCCAAGUUCUCGGCUGCACUUGCGAAUGCAAUAAAACUAGGUGCAUAUGUGACUGAGAACGAAAUUGAGGAAAUGAGCGAGGAUGUUCUGCUAUACUCAAGAAAUCUUCUGAAAGGCUAUGACGUGAAUAGAGGAAUAAUAAUCGAAAUGAUCGGGCAUCUAAAAAAGGUCUUUGGUGAUGGAUGGGAAAGAGCACUUAUUGACGAUGAGGCUGCUACACCGAUGGAUGAGGAGAGACUGAUAUUUUUGUGCAUGGCCCUGAGGAUGAGGUUUGAGCAGGCAGUCAGUAGAUGCAUUAGUACAAUUCGAAACAGCAAGUCCAUAGGGUACCUUGGAGUUAUCUCCUUCCGAUAUUUAUUAUCUGUCGAUAGCCAAGCAAUUAUUGAUCCCGAGUAUAUCAGCCGAGGAAACCCUGCAUCGUUUCUUGCAAUGGCAUAUCUGAGUAAGUGCGUUGAGGGAUGUGAGUCCUUGGCAUCCCUCGAGUCCUAUUCGGCAAAGUAUGCAGAAGGAGAUCGAAUGGCAUGUGAAAAGAUAGGCGGGAUUGAAUGCUGCACAAAAAUCAUAAACCAGUUGAUGGCGUUUCUUGAAGGAAGCAUCGAGGAUGAGUUCUCUUCACAGCUGAUUCAGAGAAUGAUUAGAAUCAAUCCUUCCUUGGUAAGUCCUGGAGUUGUAAGAUUUAUUGACGGGUUUGUGUGGAAGAAUGUUAGGAACAUCAACUCACCCCAGGCCUAUGUGUAUCUACUUGAUGUUCAGGGACUUGUCUUUUUGAAGACCGGAGAUAAUGCCUGGGCCCUGAAUCUGGUGCAGACUGUGCUUAGUGAGGAGAUAUUUGAGAUAUACUCCUCCUCUCUGUUUCUUCUUGCCGUUGUUGUCUUACACUCGUCUGGAGACUUCUCAUCUGUUGUAGAGAUAAUAAGGCAGGAAAAUCUGUGGAAGACUAAAGAGCUCUUGCCAAGCAUGGUGUGCCUCACAAUAUCUCUUUUCAAGACGGGAUAUUGUAGCAAGGAACAGGUGGAUUAUAUCGUCAGGUACCUGUCAGAAAUCAGUAUCCAUCAUGCCUAUGUCCUUCUCAGCAGUACUGCUGUUUCGGGAAAUUACAUCGAAUGGAUUAAGGGAGAAAACGUGGAAGAGGAGUUUAUUCUUGCUACUGCCCUAAGGUGCAGAGGGCUGAUCGACACUGAGAUGUAUAAGGGAAUAUAUGCCAAAAGCCUUCAAUACUUCAGGGAGAAUUUCAUAACAAAGAGAAAUGCCAGGCGGGUUCUUCGGGGACUGAAGCGGGGGGCGGAAGACUUUGGAGAGAACGAAGCUUAUGAAGUAAUGGAGAGGAACAAGCAUAACAUUGGAUACGAGAACAUCCCUUUCAGUGUGGCGGUGGCCUUUGAGCUUUAG